AUGAAUAUCUACACUCCGGCAGGAGGACUCUUCCAAACACAUGUCACCUGGGAGGACAUAGAAACAGAUAUGAAGAGAGAACUCGACACCGUCGCCUCAUUCGGACCGAACAAAAUCGCGAAGGACAUUGGCGAUGGCAAUGGCUUUAUGUCGAAAAUUUUGCUCAUUGAUCCUGACUGGCAGCACAAGGACAAAGAGCUUCCGGAGAAAUUCGUAGUGAAGACCUUUAUUGGGAAUGAAACAGGAAAGACAUUCAAGAUGGCUAUUAUUUGGCUGAUCAUAAUGUCGGUCUGUGCAAAUCGUCUUAUUUCACUCGUUGUUGUCCACGCACUCUCGAACUUCAGCCCACAGUUACAAUUUCUGCAUGAGGGUCACCACGCAUGA